AUGGAUACCAGCGCUUUCGACGCCGAUAACUCUGUUAGUUGCCGACUGUCCUCCGUCAUCCCUGAUAUCUGCAAGACUGAAGACUGCUGCCUGGGCAUCGACGAGGCAGGCAGGGGACCGGUGCUUGGUCCAAUGGUUUAUGGAAUAUGCUUCUGUCCUAUUUCAAAAAAGGAUGAUCUUAAGACCUUGAAAGUUGCAGAUUCCAAAACUCUGUCAGAGACAGAAAGGGAGAAUUUAUUCCAAAAACUGGACGAUUCCAAAGGUUUUGUGGGAUGGGCUCUGCGUAUUCUCUCUCCUAACACUAUCUCCACCAGUAUGUUACAGAGGACAAAAUGCAACCUUAACACCCUGUCACAUGACACAGCCAUUGGUUUAGUUCAGUUUGCGUUGGACAGUGGCGUACAGGUCAAAGAGGUGUUUGUAGACACAGUUGGGCCUGCCGAAAAGUAUGAGGAGAAGCUCUCCAAGCUUUUCCCAGGCAUUGAUAUCACAGUGAGGCCAAAAGCCGACUCCCUUUUCCCCAUUGUCAGUGCAGCCAGUAUCUGUGCGAAGGUGGCUAGAGAUCAUGUUGUGAAAAACUGGAACUUUGCUGAGGACCUAGGAGAUGUGGAUACUGAAUACGGUUCCGGAUACCCGAAUGAUCCAAAGACCAAAGCAUGGCUCCUGAAGUACUUGGACCCAGUGUUUGGCUACCCUCAGUUUGUGCGCUUUAGCUGGAGCACGGCCCAAACUUUAAUUGACAGCAAGGCUGUGACUGUCCACUGGGAUGAUGACGAGGAAGACGGUGAGAAGGCGGCGCAGCGGCUUGCCAACAGGUCCAUGCUGUCCUAUUUCAGUGCGCCAGGUGGCGUCAAUAAACAAACCCAGAAACACCGCUUCUUCUCAGAGCGGAAGUUGAAGAGUAUUGACACUCUAUGA